AAUUUGCUCCCACCUUUUUGCCUUUCUCCAUUUUUUUGCUUUCUUUGUUGGUGACAACCCUUUUAAAAGCCAAUUAGCUGACGAAAUCAUUUAGUUAUAUUUAACCAUUCCAUCAAAAAUCAUCAAUCAAUUCACUUCAAUUUAUAAUAAUCAUGGAUAGUUUUUCAAAACGACGUCCACCAAAAUUCACUGAGCCUGUUGAUUUCAAUAAAAUCAACAAUCUUUUUGAACCCGGAAAUGAUUAUUCUUACUCUAAUCAACUUCUGGAUCGUUUCACUGGACUUUUUUCGAGUGAUUGGAAUUCAUCGAUUGACCACGGACCAUUUAACUUUAGUGCGGAUUCACCUAUGAAUAUUACUCCUAAAAAUAAUCUCAACAAUAGUACCAAUCAUACUAUUGGUACCAAUAAUAAUGGUAGUCUUUAUUCAAGUAAUCUCGCUCAUACUAUCAGUGGUAUUGGUAGUAAUCCAUUUAAUACCAAGGGAUUGAACAGUUUUGAUUAUACCAAUCAAUGGAUUGCCCCUCGAAGUUGCCCACCGAUUGGAUCCAGGAAUUCAUUAGCAUUUAAUUCUUUCUCAGUUAACCCCGCCAAUCAACCUAACAAUAAUAACAGUAACAUCAACCAUAAUGCCAACCAUAAUGCCAACCAUAAUGCCAAUAACUUAAACAACAACCUAAACAACAUCAACACUUCAACUGUGAACAACAACGCUAACCCUGCCAACAAUUUCAACAACUCUACGAAUAAUGGCCAGGUUUUGGUGAACUUAAAUGAAACCCGUAGUCCAAUGGUUAUUGGUUCUAACCAACAAGCUCACCUCCAUAAUAAUAAUUCUGCUUUUGCUGGGGCCAACAAUUUGAAUCCUCUCUCAGCUUCUUAUGUACCACCACGAGUUCGCCGACGCAACCCUACCUGCACUGAAUGUGUUUUUUGUAAAAAUAAUGGCCAUCCCCCAUCUUUUUAUAAAGGACAUAUUCUCAAGGAUCCUUUAGGUAGAAUCGUUUGUCCAAUGCUCCGGAGUUACAUAUGUCCAAUAUGCCGCAACAAAAAUGCAGAUAUGGCUCACACAGUCAGAUACUGUCCCUGGAAUAAGCCUUCCUUCUGGAAUAAUUCAGGAGUAAGACCUAGCAUGCCCAAGAACCUUUCCAGAUUCACUUCGUGAUGAACCUCCAGUUGCAUGGUUUUCAUUGUAUGCAAAAGCAUGAUUUCCCAGAGCAUCUUGACUUCAGGUUUGUGAUGAUUAACCAGUGCUGACAAUGGCUGCUGGAGCAGCAAUGAUACCAGCUGAGGCGAUUCCGCAGAGAGCGAGAAAGAUAAAUGACCUAACAUUAUAUAAUUAUAAGGAAUUAACAAUAGAUUAUAAAACGAAUAAAUCCACAAUUUAAAGUUUAUUAAAUUUGAUUGCCAGAAAUAA